ACACUACUAUAUAACAAAUAAUUUGAGUCGACAUGACGUAGCAUCUCAUGAAAUGUCACCACCUUAGCUGUACGGUUAUACUGUGGUAUUGAGAUAUGGACCCCUUUAAGGAGAGACCGGAUAAAAAGCCGGAUAUGCAGCUGAUUCUGGAACAGUCUACAACAGAAAAGACUACAGAUUCCCGCAAGAAGUACAACAGAAUAGCUGCUCGUGUUGGACACACUUUACUAUCCCUAUUGGUAUUAGCAGGAAUAUGCUUCAACCCUAACAGCAGUAUCUACAGAGCAGUAGCUUCAGGGAACCACACAUUAGAGAUAUACCUUCUCCCUGUAUUAGUUAUAUCUACUUUUGUUACCUACUACAUUGCCUCCCUCAUGAAUCCGGGAUAUGUUCCUAUUUCUGUUGUAGAGGAAAACAGCGAGGAAGACACCACAACAUUGAUAAAAUCAGACCACGCAUUCUAUUGUAGAUGGUGCGACCAAUCCCAGCCCCUCCGCAGUAAGCACUGUCGUGACUGCGACAGAUGUGUCAGAAGGUUUGACCACCACUGUCCCUGGCUAGGGAACUGUGUGGGAGAGAGAAACCACAGAAUGUUCAUCUUCUUCCUCAUGUUCGAGGACAUCUUAAUAUUCAAAUGUAUCGCCAUGGUUUGGCAGACCAGUAGAUCUAGUGCUGUGGUAGUAGAGUGGAUGCAGUACAAUGGAAUCCUAGUAAUAUGUGGAAUUAUACUGUUUAUUGGGGGACUGGCUGUAACGGCGCUAGCUUGUUGUCAUCUUUAUCUUAUACUACAUGGGCUUACUACUUGGGAACACGUGUCUCAUGGAAGGAUAACAUACCUUAAAAGAUGGCCCGAAGACACAACCCCCUUCAAUUUCGGAUACUGUAAAAACUGCUUUAUGUUCUGUUGCUACUGCAACACCCAAAAUUGGGAGAAGUACCUCAAGUCUUUAACUUGAGUUACAACGAGUUUUUAUUUUUCUUAAUUGUCGUAAAUAUGUCGUAAACAGGUUUUCUUGAAAUAAGUUCUUUAUAAUAUAUAUGUAUAUGUUUGAUGCAAAUAGUUUGGUUUUAAGAAUGUUGUUGUUAGCAUCCGACCAGAGAUUACCAGUAAUUCCAAACCUCGUGAUUGUGACGUUAUCAUUACUGUAUUAAUAGCAUUUGCUAUGAUCAGAGUUGAUAUCGUUGAAUGGAAGUUAUUUUUGCAGCACAGUGUUUCAUUUAAUGUUAUAUGAGCCGAGGGUUUUUCUAUAGGGUAGAUGUGCUUUAUUAUUCAGCUGACUUUUUUUGUAUUUGAUGUACGUAAGCGUGUAUUUUUGCUUUCAUAAUAUUAUCAAUUUUCAGAAUACAUGUUUUUCUUACAUAAGAUAUUUCAGCUAUAGUUGAAUCUGUCUUGCCUUUUAGUUAAUAACGCAGUUUUAGAAGGAUGAAUGUUGAAUUAGUAAUGUUGAUUUUCAAUCUUUUGAUGGCACCUGAACUGCCGCACCUUCAUUAUUGCAUACUUGUAAACGAUUUUAUUCCUAUUUGAAUGCGAAAGUUUCACAAGUUCUUUACACUCUUAAGUUUUUCAAUGAGUCUUAGUGUAGUAUAUUGUAUAUAAUAUACGUGUGCAAGUGCAUACAUAGUCUUGACUAAUAGGUUAAUGAGAUGGAUGAAUUUAUGUAACGCG